CAUAAUUUGACGCAGGCCUACGUUGCUCUGCUCAGGGCUGUUCCUGAACGCGAAGGUCUACAGGCUCCUGACGAAGUACCCUCGCCAGUCAACCUCUGAAUCCAUUCUAUUCCGUCAUGGCGGGUACUGGAAAGAUGGCGUCAUCCCUUCCGCUUGGACUGCUACUACUCCUACAGCUCCUUACCAUAUGGACUGUGCAUGGACAAGCAAUUGAGAUGUUUUGCGAACGGGCCUUGCUACAGUACAAAGAAGUCGGGCUGAAGACUUAUAAUGAGGCCCUGGAGGAAUGUCGCUCUGUUACCGGAUCAACUGUUGCAAGUAAACUCUCUUUAACCCGUGGUUGCAUGGGAAAAAUGAUUGAAAGGAUUAGGGAUGAACAAAAGCUUAAUGAUUUACCUACAGCAUGGGUGAACUGUGGCAAAUUUGAAUACGGGCCUACCACAUGUGAGACAUCGUUGGCUUCUGAUGGGUUUAGCUACAGGCCAUCACACUCACAUUCAGUCAUAUGCGAAACGAAAGGCGGGAUGUUCUGCGAAGCAUCAAAAUCGUUCUUAUUUUUUCCGUCAAUUGGACAGAGUAACUAUACCCAUGGAAGGCAAACCUGCAAUAAAUAUCAAGGAGCCUCUUUGGCAGGCAAUGUACAAUGCAUGCAGAUGGCUCUUGCUAUUUUAGGGCAGUAUUCACAGUUUUGGCGGAAAGGAUCUUUUUGGGAUUACGAGGCACCGGUCCUCUUUGGAAACAAUGAUCAGCUGAAAACGCAAGAAUAUAGAGUGUUGUGUGAAGUCCAAUACUUGCAAUGUGAUCCGAUUAACAGUUUAAUCUUCUUAGACACCAAUGGACAGAACUUCCAAGAAGCCCUGCAUACUUGCAACCAACAUGGGAUGACUUUGCCUCGCACCUACCUGGUGAACUGCUACAGACGUCUUUCCAACCUAUUAUUUGGCGACCAACCUGCCUGGGUGUUUGUAAUUACGAAUAAAUUGGCACUUGCAACUGAUGGGAGACAAUACGAUCGAAUAACUACCAGAUUUCGCUACACAUUUUGCUCCAAGGGCCAUCAAGUUUGCGCAAGGGGCAGCCUGCAUUAUAUAAGGGAUGCGUUCUCGGAGAGAUCUGGUUGGUUAAAGGUUGCAAGGACUUGCCGAGACCUUGGAAUGGGUUUCCCGCCUGUCACGCCUGAGUCCAACAGAGACUGUGUCAUACCGUUUCAACGACAUAUCUAUAGCAUCUAUCACCAAGUUUUUGGUGGUGAUAGUUGGACUUAUAAAUGGACUAACAAACUCGGAAUAUGGGGUCAAAAAAUCUGGUGGUCAAACAAUUACCGCAAUUUCUACGCUAAUCACGUGUCUCAAAAUCGUCAUAACCCCCCCGAGUAUAUACCAGGCGAUUACUAUAAACAUGAAAUUAAAGAUUGGACAGAUCCACACAAUCUUAUCCUUUGUUACUCAACUGGUAAACAGUGAAUGGCAAGGUAGUAAACAUUCAAGGUCUGGAACACUGGACGAUUGGUUGGGAAAUCGAUAGCAGACUCACGGAGCAUUCAAAUGGCGUCGAUCAGCUACAUGACUGCACCCAUAAUUGGUCUACUAUUUUUUGAGAUUCUCCAUCAAUUUGCCAGUUUAUCUCUCACAUUGACUGUUUUCUUUCUGUCCUCGUUUCCGUUUGGUAUCCUUUGCAUGAAUUUCCUUUUCGUGUUGAAAAUUUCCUCAUUUCUUUUGUCCAAAGCAGAGUCAGAAAGUGAAGCAAUUCACGUUUGCCUAUUGCUUAUGGCCUUAUUGACAUCUUGCAUUACCACAUCACCACAAAGUGUUGUCAAAUUUCUUUCUUUCAAUCCAGAAG